AUGGGGCGAAAGCGACACCGAAAGAAGGCCGCCGCCGCCGCCGCCGCCGCCCCGGCCCCGGCUCCCGUCGCCAGCCUCCCCGUGGAUAUGCUAGCCAACAUCCACGCCCGCCUCAGCCUCCUAGACCGCCUCACCUUCGCCGCCGUCUUCCGCACCUCGCGGGACGCAUUCAAGCCGGAGCCGCCUUGUCUCCUCCUGCCCGGCGACGCCCCGGAGACCGCCGCUCUCUUCUCCCUCGCCUACCGCCGCGCCGUAGCCGUGCGCGCCCCGGGGCCCGGCCACGCCGUCCUCGGCUCCUCCUCCUCCCGCGGGUGGCUCGUCACCGCCGACGACCGGGCCCGGAUGCACCUCGUCAACCCGUUCACCGGCGAGCGCCGCGCGCUCCCGGCCAUCGACACCAUCCCCCACAUCUGCGCGCACGGCGGGCGCCACCACUUCACCGUCAACGUCAUGUGGUUCCUCAGGGGACCCCCGCCGUACCCCUACGGCACCAUGACGUACACCGCCGAGAGGGUGCGCCACGCGCUCUACCGCAAGGUCGUCCUCUCCGACUCCGCGGACGUGGCCAUGCUGAUCACGGGGCCGGAGUACGGCGUCGCGGCCUUCGCCACGGCGGGGGGCGGUGCGUGGAGGUUGGCGCCCCCGCGCGACGGGGUCGAGCCGGUUGCCACGUCCGAGGCCGGCUCGUGGCACUGGCGCAAUGCCGUCGAGGACGCCGUCCACCACGAGGGCAGGUUCUACUCCAUCACAUACUCCGGCCAAGUGGAAACGUGGGUGGAGCGCGACGCCGGCGCCCCUGGCGUGUUCGCGAGCGUGGUGAUCGCGCCGAGCCUGCUGCUGCCAGCCGACAUGGAGCACCGCAAGUACCUCGUGGCGGGGCAGGGACUUGGAGGGCCGCUGACGGUCGUGCUCAAGGAGGCCACGGGUCGACGGACGUCGCCGUCCUUCAAGGUGCAGGUCCUCGACGCCGGCAGGGAGGGGUGGAAGGAGACGGAUGACAUCGGCGACACCGCGCUGUUCGUUGCGGUGAACGGUUCGCUGUGCGUGUCGACGAGGGAGCACCCGCAGCUCAAGUCCGGCUGCAUCUACUACUACACCAAGGAUGAGGAUGAUCUGGGGCCGUGCAAGGAUGCACGCAAUGGCGUCAGGCUGUUCAGCCUCAAGGACCGCAGAACAGAGAAGAUCGAUGGCCUCGGAUGGCACCGGAGCUGGCCGCCCCCGGCAUGGUUCAUUCCUUCCAUCCCAUGA